AUGUAUAACUGCAGGGCUUUUUUCAUUAAAGGAUGGAAUAGUUGGAAUCAUUUUGGAUGUAAUAUCAAUGAAAAACUGAUUCAACAAACAGCAGACAUAAUUGUAGUAACAGGUCUUGCUGCUGCUGGAUAUCAAUAUGUGAACAUGGAUGAUUGUUGGCAAGUAAGUCGAGAUUCACAAGGUACUAUUCAAGCAGAUCCAAAAGCAUUUCCAAGUGGUAUAUCAGCUUUGGUUGAUUAUGUUCAUUCGAGAAAACUUAAAUUCGGCCUCUAUUCAGAUGCCGGAUUUAAAACAUGUGCUGGACGACCUGGUUCACUGCACUAUGAGACAAAAGAUGCCAAUACAUAUGCUUCAUGGAAUGUCGACUAUUUGAAAUAUGAUAAUUGUAAUUCUGAUGGAACUAUUCCAGAAGUCAGAUAUCCCGUUAUGCGAGAUGCAUUAAAUGCUAGUGGAAGACCUAUCUUCUACUCCAUGUGUGAAUGGGGUGUUGAUAAACCAGCAUUAUGGGCAGCAAAUGUUGGUAAUAGUUGGAGAACAACAGGAGAUAUAGGAGAUAAUUGGAAAUCAAUGUUGGACAACAUUGAUAUUAAUAAUGAAUUUGCAGACAAAGCCGGACCUGGUGGUUGGAAUGAUCCUGAUAUGCUUGAAGUCGGAAAUGGUGGAAUGACUGAUUCUGAAUAUGUUACACACUUUUCACUAUGGUCUAUUAGUAAAGCACCACUUCUCAUCGGAUGUGAUGUUAGUAAAAUGAGUGCAGCGACUUUAUCAACUCUUACAAAUCCUGAAGUAAUUGCUAUCAAUCAAGAUCCAUUAGGUGUUCAAGGAAAGAAAGUUGCUUUUGCAUCAUCACAAUUACCUAAUACAUCAAGUGAUGUAAUUGUUGCUAAUUGUUCAUCAUUUUCAUCAAAUAUUCAACCGAAACGUUUACAAUGGACAUAUAAUUCUCAAGAUGGAUCGAUUCGAUCAAUGUUUAAUGGACAAUGUGUAUCAAUCGAAAGUUGUAGUACAACCGAAGCUGCAAAUAUUGUAUUAAGUGAAUGUCAUAUUAAUGAUCCACAAGCACAAUGUCAAGGAAAAAAUCAACAAUGGACAUUUAAUACAGCAAAUCAAAGUAUUAUAUCUCAAAUGAAUGGAAAAUGUUUGGAUGUGUUUAAUUUUGAUGGUCCAAAUGUAGAUGCAUUUUCAUGUAAUAAACAAGAUAAUCAAGCAUGGAUAUGGAAUUCAGCUAAUGGAACUGUUCAAAGUAAACAUAAUGGUGCAUGUUUAACAUCAAAAGCAGAACUUGAAGUAUGGGCAGGUCCACUUUCAGAUGGUUCACAAGCUGUAGUUUUACUUAAUCGUGGUAAUUUCGGAAGUGAAUCAAUGACAGUUAAAUGGAGUGAUAUUGGUUUUCCUGUUGAUCGUUCAGCUAUUGUUCGUGAUUUAUGGGCUCGAGAAGAUCUUGGAAUAUUUACUGGUAGUUAUACAUCACCAAAAAUAGAUUAUCAUGGAGUAAUGAUGUUAAAAAUUAUUCUUGCGUAA